AACUCAAAAAAGCAUUUGCUCUAUCAAACUUCUUCAUAGCGAGGCCUUCAAGAGGUUUUGACCUCAUAUGUUGCUGAAUAAUAGCCUGAAAAGAUGCUGCAUUCACCCUCCAUCCAUUUUAGUACUGAUCACUAUUCACUUCCAACACAUGCAUUCCGUGGCACUUAUCCCUCAGUUCUUAGAUUUCACAAGCAAAGCGUGAGGUUUUCACACUCAACUUGUGGGGUUCACUUUACAAGUUCAGUGUUUCAGCAUCACCUCAUUGAAAUACUUGCAAAACAAAAUGGCUACCUGAACACAAGCCCUAAAGUUUUUGCUACUCGAAACAACAAUGUUGAACAUGAAAGAGAGAAUUCAAAACCUCAAACUAAUGAUGAAGUGCUUCAUUCGGUCAUGGUAGCCUGUGGAAAUAUUGAGAGCCCUGAGAAUCCAGAUAUGGUAGCUGUUGCAUCAGAUCCAAACUUAAGUUUGAACCUCACUCAAGGCAUCCUUGAGCAUCCAAUAAACCAAGUUAAUCUUCUUGACAAGUUAGAGGCCAUUCACUUGCAUUUAUUGGCCAUGGAACAAUGGAAUUCUUCUUGCCUUAAACUAUGUCACAGAACUUAUUUGGCUAGUGCUACAAACUUAAUACACUAUCUGGCUUUAAAAUGCCUGGAUGUUGAGCAACUUAAAGAAGAUCUUUCUUCUGUUGGUCUUCUGAGUCUAGAAAGCAUCAAUGCUAAUGUUCUAGCUAGUAUUACUGCUGGGAUCCAAAUGUUGGAAAACCUGAAAGCUAAUAUGCUGAACAUCGAAGACGACGAGGGAGAUAAUAAUCGUACUCUGUCAGGUUCGACUGCAGAAAAAAAGGCAGAGUUCAGUAUGACCGCAAUGAGGAAGAAGGCUUCCACCCAUAGAGAUAUAUUGCUGGGUCAGCUUUAAGAUGCGAAAACCAACCGUAUUAUGGUAACAGUUGGCAGAGAAGCCAUUGAGAAUGAAGCACUUAUAAAUGACCUUCUAAAGGCAGGGACCACCAUUUUCCGAAUCAACUGUGCACAUGAAGACACUAUUGUCUGGAGCAACAUCAUUGGAAGGGUAAAAAGAAGCUCCCAGAUGCUUGAGAAACCAUGUAGGAUACUCAUGGAUCUGGCUGGACCAAAGCUCCGCACUGAUCCCAUGAAAACUGGUCCAUGUGUGAUGAAGAUAUCGCCCAAAAGGGAUGCAAGAGGAAAUGUAAUUUUGCCUGCUCAAGUCUGGUUUUCUCAUGCAGAAUCAGGACCCCCUCCUGCACACUUAAACGCAGAUGCUGUUCUGUCCAUUAAUGAUCAAGAAUUUCUUAGUAAUCUUGAGGUGGGUGAUAUUCUGAGAUUCUCUGAUGCUAGGGGGAAACGAAGAAUGCUAAAAAUUUCACAGAAGAUUCCCAUUUUUGCUGGCAUUGGUUGCAUAGCCGAGUGUUUGAGGACUGCUUAUGUGGAAUCCAGCACAAAAUUCUAUAUCAAGGGGAGGAAGGGCAGGCUUUCAGUUGGACGUGUGGAGGGUGUACCUGCCAUAGAGCAGUUUAUCAAAUUGAGAGUGGGAGACUUGCUAAUCAUAUCUCGAGAUACAUGCUUAACUGAAAACGAUGAUUCGGCCGGGUCCACAAAUGUUGCUCCAAGGAUAACUUGUUCCUCUAGCCUUCUUUUUGAUUCUGUCAAACCUAGAGAGCCCAUUGCAUUUGAUGAUGGGAAGAUCUGGGGAGUAAUCCAAGGAACUAGUAUUUCAGAGAUUAUUGUAAAAAUCACUCAUGCUAGUCUGAAAGGUUCUAAACUUGGUUCAGGAAAAUCCAUCAACAUCCCUGAGAGUGAUACUCGUUUUGAAGGCCUCACUUCAAAAGAUCUAAUGGACCUUGAUUUCAUUGCUGCUCAUGCUGACAUGGUGGGGAUCUCAUUCAUCCAAGAUGUCCACGAUGUUGUAAUUCUUCGCAACGAACUGGAGAAACGGAAGCUUCCCAACUUAGGAAUUGUGCUAAAGAUUGAGACUCGAAGUGGGUUUGAAAAGUUACCUCUCCUUCUACUGCAGGCAAUGCAAUCUCCAAAUCCUUUGGGGGUCAUGAUUGCCAGAGGAGAUCUUGCGGUAGAGUGUGGAUGGGAAAGGUUGGCAGAUAUCCAAAAAGAGAUUCUGUCCAUUUGCAGUCCUGCCCAUGUACCAGUCAUUUGGGCAACCCAGGUUCUUGAGUCACUUGUCAAAUCAGGCCUGCCUAGUAGAGCUGAGAUUACAGAUGUGGCCACUGGAAGGAGGGCUAGCUGCAUCAUGUUGAACAAAGGCAAACAUAUCUCUGAAGCUGUUUCAGCAUUAGAUCCAAUUCUUCACAGCGCUACUAAAAAAGUGAAAGCAAAACUGAAGCCUUUUGUCUUGUCAAGCCACCUCUUUUAGCAGGUUUUCUUUGAUUGGCUCCAUUGGAUCAGAUUCCUCGAUUAUGUAUAGUAUAAUAUCCAGUUUCUUAAU